ACGUUAUAAAGCGUAUACAUCGCAUCCUGGCGCAAAUUAGGGUUCAUCCUUACUCCUCCCUUUCUUCCGAUCAAUCGUCUACCUGGCUUGCUCACUCUCAUGUAAACUAACAUAUUCGAUCAGUCACCGGACGAUACUCAUCGCUUUUGGUAAAAAAACAGUUGGCACUGAUCCAGAAACUACUGCGAGCUAUCAACUAUGAUGUCCGAGGAUGCUGACCAACUGUUGGUUGUUUAUGAUGACCACUCAGAUCAACGGUCUUUAUCUUUGGAUGAGACAAGUAGCACAGAAGAAUCACCAGAUGAAACCAAGCUAUCCUUAGAAACAACAAAUGAUGCUGUUCCGUAUAUUGGGCAAAGAUUUGCUACUCAUGAUGCUGCUUACGAAUUCUACAGUGAAUUUGCCAAACGAUGUGGUUUCUCCAUCCGUCGACAUCGCACAGAAGGUAAAGAUGGGGUUGGAAAAGGUCUUACAAGACGAUAUUUUGUCUGCCAUCGGGCAGGUAAUACACCUGUCAAAACUUUGAAUGAAAAUAAACCACAAAGAAAUCGUAAGUCCUCAAGGUGUGGAUGUCAAGCAUAUAUGCGCAUAAGCAAGACGACUGAAUUAGGAGCACCAGAAUGGCGAGUAACAGGAUUUUCAAACCAUCAUAAUCACGAACUCUUAGAACCCAACCAAGUUCGUUUUCUUCCUGCUUAUCGUACUAUAUCGGAUAUAGACAAAAACAGAAUCCUCAUGUUUGCUAAAACAGGAAUCUCAGUGCAGCAAAUGAUGAGGCUUAUGGAACUAGAGAAAUGUGUGGAGCCAGGAUAUCUUCCGUUUACUGAAAAAGAUGUAAGAAAUUUGCUUCAAUCUUUUAGGAAGGUGGAUCUAGAGGAUGAGAGCAUUGAUCUACUCAGAAUGUGUAGAAAUAUCAAAGACAAAGAUCAUAAUUUCCAAUUUGAGUUUAAACUUGAUCCAAAUGGUCGGUUGGAAAAUAUUGCAUGGUCAUAUGCAUCAUCUAUCCAAUCAUAUGAAGUUUUUGGUGAUGCAGUGGUGUUCGAUACAACACAUCGACUAAAUGCUUUUGAUAUGCCACUUGGCAUAUGGGUUGGUGUGAAUAACUAUGGUAUGCCGUGUUUUUUUGGUUGUGCACUUCUGCGUGAGGAGAACUUGAAGUCUUACUCAUGGGCUUUGAAGGCAUUCUUGGGGUUCAUGAACGGGAAGGUUCCACAGACAAUAUUGACUGACCAAACUUUGUGCGUAAGAGAAGCUAUAGCGAUGGAAAUGCCUGCUGCUAAGCAUGCUUAUUGUAUCUGGCUAAUUGUUGCGAAGUUCCCAUCCUGGUUUAAUGCUGUUUUGGGAGAACGGUACAAUGAGUGGAAAGGUGAAUUUUAUCGAUUGUAUAAUCUGGAGGCAAUCGAAGAUUUUGAAAUGGGUUGGAGAGAUAUGGUUAAUUCCUUUGGGCUCCAUACUAACCGUCAUAUAAACACAUUGUUUGCCUCAAGAACUCUCUGGGCUCUGCCGUAUUUGAGAAGCCACUUUUUUGCUGGAAUGACAACAACCGGCCAUUCAAAAGCUAUAAAUGCUUUCAUCCAACGAUUCUUGAGUGCCCAAACUCGGCUGGCACACUUCAUUGAACAAGUGGCUGUUGCUGUGGACUUCAAAGAUCAAGCAGGGGAACAGCAAACAAUGCAACAAAACCUUCAAAACAUUUGCUUGAAAACAGGGGCUCCCAUGGAAUCCCACGCCGCGUCAAUCCUAACCCCUUUUGCAUUCUCUAAGCUCCAAGAACAACUUGUAAUGGCUGCCCAUUAUGCAUCAUUUCAACUCGAAGAUGGGUUUCUCGUUAGACACCAUACUAAGCUCGAAGGAGGUCGAAAAGUCUAUUGGGUCCCACGUGAAGGCAUCAUCAGCUGUAGCUGCCACCACUUUGAGUUCUCAGGAAUCCUUUGUCGGCAUGCUCUUCGGGUCCUGUCUACCGGAAAUUGCUUUCAAAUUCCCGAACGGUAUAUGCCACUCCGUUGGCGGCGGAUCAACACAUCCGCGAAGCUCCUUCAGAACACUUUGAGUGAUCAUGCAGAAAGAGUUCAGUUAUUACAAGGUAUGGUGUCGAAUCUUGUGACAGAGUCAGCCAAAUCAAAAGAUCGGCUUGACAUCGCUGUGGAGCAUGUUUCUAUUUUAUUAUCACGGAUCAGAGAGCACCCGGUUCCUUCUGCACGGUAUGCGAGAACCGACCUUUUUACAUAGAAUUUUCUAGCAUAGAUCGGUUAUAUAUCAUAUAUAUAUUUUAUAGAACCCAUGUAGAAAUAGCAGAAAGAAAAGAAUGAUUUGCAGGGUUUGUGUCUGGUUCUGUGAUGGUUGAUCAAUGGUAGCUGUUUCUUGGCAUUGAUCAUGAGGAACUUUGAGACACAUUUGUUACAUUUCAUGCUCUAAUGGAACUGCAGCUGCUUUCA